CACAAUAACCAGCUCCCACAGGCUCACAACCUCAGUAUCGCAGCGCUCGAGCCCUCCCUCGCAGUGACGCACACACAGACGACCAAGGAAAUCCCCAAGUGAGAGUUACGACAGACUCUUACCGCCGUAGAUAGUGGGCAACUUCCGACUCGCGCUGAACACCGCGUACAAACCGACACAGGAGACGGUUUGUCAAAUACGACGUGUAAACCGAGUCCAGGCUCAGGACGAAUACAAGGUGUUGUUUUGGAUCAGUUUAAGUGGAUUGACUUAACAUUACAUUCGCGGAAGUGCACGCGUUAGCCAGCCAACGACUUGCGGUUGUUUUUUAUGAAUACACCUAGCGAAGUACAGCAGCAGGAGGACAUGUACGGCAUGGCAGAAAUGCCCAACCUCAUACCACCGGCAGGUGCAUUACAACCCAGUCCAGUGAUCCCGUACGAGCUCGGACAGGCGGGGAGAACCGGACCGGACCUGUCUGCCCCACGAAGACUGCAGCGAGCCCCCAAACUCGGACAGAUCGGGCGGUCUACGAGAGUGGUUAUUGAUGAUGAGGACUUGGAUGAUAUCAUAAACAAUAACAGAAGCUUCCCGGUUUCUCAGAGAGUAUCACCUGUUGCCUGAUGCAUGCCUGACUGUGCCAAAGCUGUUGAAAGGCCAACACACCAAAGCAGGCCUAGAGAACUGAACCAGAAUCUCCCUCUCACGUUUUCGUCACCCUUCACUGUACAGUUCUUAAGGCUUUCACCACUUCAAGGUCAAACAAGAGAACUGUGGACUUUGCGUCCUGUUCACUAAAUGCUUGCCCAUCACUUUACUGAUUGUCGUGCUUCUGUAGCACUUAAUGAUCCUGUCUAGUGUUCUCUGUUUUGGAAGUUUCUUUCUCAAAAGUGAAGAUCUUGAUGAUCUCUAAUGCAACAGGGCUAUAUUUAUACAAUUUGCACUUUACUGCAGAAUAAGAAAGCUAACCUCAGCAGUUUGGAUUACUCAUCUCCCAAAGAGGACAUUUUCUGUGAAUCUCUGUUAACGUGUAACGCGCCAUUUGGUAAGGCCUUUGGUUAUUUUGGUAACCGGGGCCUUCCAUGACAUUUCUCUGAAUGACAGCGAUUACUUGUUAAUUGUAAGAAUCUUUUGUAAGGUCACUGUUUUCAUGUGCCUGUUGAUUUUAGUUUGAAUUAAAAUAAGUACAAUCUUGAAUGCAUACUGACUGAGAUGAACAAUCAAAAUCUUCUAAAGUGAUCUCAGAUCUCGGUUGAAGUACAUUGCUCUUAAUGUUUUUGACUUCUAAAUGUUUGCAUGGAAAUUAAUUGAUUUAUGUAAAUUGUUUUGGGGGAGUGUAGUGGGGUGGGAGUAAUAAAGUAUGCAUGAGUAACGUUA